UUUAAAUUCUCCCGCAGCUGAUGAAAGACAUCAAUUUUAUUGACGAUGACGAUGACGAUAUACAGGAAGAGCUCAUUCCAUCUUCUGAAUCGUACUCUGACCAGUUUGAACGGUUCCAGAACCCAGUUGUGAUUAUUGACCCUGAUGAAAAGGUCAAAAAGAACCCUAAAGCUGAAAAGCUUUAUAAAUAAGUAUAACCAAGACCUUGCAGAAAGCAUUUCAAUGGCUAUUAUGGAUGAAACCAAUCUUCUUAGCAAGAAGAAAGACUCAGGUGAUUCAGAUUCGAUUAAUGACGACUCCAUUGACUCUUUCGAGGAGUAUAUUGGGUCUAAAUUUGGCACGAGUCUUGUCAAAUCAGGCCAAGAUUUUAGUAAAAGUCAUCCUGGAAUGAGCAAGUCUCACAUCACUGAAAUUAUUGAUUAUUCAGAGAAUAAGCCUAUUGAAGAGAUCUCUGAGCCUACUUUUGAAGGGCAUACUGAAGACAUCAUUGAUGAGGUUGAUCCUCCAUCAGAGGACAAUCUCUACUCAACCAUAAAGGAUGAAAUUGAUCCUUCAGAAAAUGACGAAUAUGCUUCUGAUUUUCAUUCGCUCGAGGACUCUCAAGCAAAUGAAAUUCCUCAGAAGCAAUUCAAGAAGUUUGUCAAGACCAAAACCAAAAAGACCCGGCCUGGCCGGGUCAUUCGGGAAAAGGAGCUUGUCAGACCGCCUGAUUAUGAUUUAAGGACUCUUGAAAGAAGAUUUAUUCAACAAAAGUUUAAUAAGAUUGGAACCAAGCUUUAUAACCAGGACGAAGCCAAAGAUUAUCGAAAAUUAGAGUCUAAUUUUAACCUCGAAAUGCUUAACUUGAUCAAAAAGAAGAUUAAGACAAAGAAGGAGAAUCCAGGAGAUGAGCAUGACUGUUGAUAUUGCAAGACUUACAAGCUAAAAGAUAUCAGAUAUCCCAUGGAGAAGAUUAAACCUCUUUGGGAUGACAUCUACCUCAAGCGUCCUCUAUUUGAAGUUGAUGAGGAGGAAGAGAAAAAGAAAGAUCUUGAAAUACAGGCUUUACAAGAGAAAGUAAAUAAAUUCGAGACCAAGGAUUUCAUCGCUCUUUCUAUUAACAAGGCCAUACAUGCAAAGCUGAAUCCUGGCUUUGGUGAUCUCCCUUAA